AUGUUCGAGGGUUUAGAGCCGGUCAUGCCCAUGCCAACGCCAAUGGGUGCUCUGGCAGCGGACACGGGACUCGGUACCGUCCACACGGUCUCGCCGACGCUCAGACCGAAUGGCCGAGACGAGCUCGAACAGACAACACCCUUGCCUCUGGCGACAAGAGAUUUUCGGUAUCAUGCUCAGCCAAGUCCGGUUGAAGAGGCUACUCACGAAGAAGUCGAUCUAAGGCAAGGCUCAUCUUAA